CCCAGCACCAGCCACAGCCUACUUGCCUGCCUACCUGGCAGUCUCAACUGUCAGGGCUCUCGGCAAAGAUCUGGGGCAGCACAGACCAUGGAUGCCACUACAGAAGCUGUACACUACCACAAGCUGCAACUCUGGGAGCCUGGCAUGGAGUCAGAGGAAGAGGAAGAAGAAGAAGAAGAAAUAGCAGAGCCACUGGUCCUCUCCCUAAGGAGACUCCAAAAUACCCCCCGGAACAAGGUUGGUGGGUUGCCAGGAGCUUGGGCCCGCCUGCUGGCAUGCCUGCUGCUACUGGCUCUUAGCAGCUCCCUGGCUCUGAGGCAGCUGUACAGUAGGAACAGCCUUUUUGGAAACUUGGGCUCUGUGGCCCCUCCAGCCAGCAGACACUCCCAUGACCCUGGUGUGUACCACCACAGCGCCAUUAUCAGCCCUGCAGCCACAUGUUCCCAACUGGGCCAAGAGCUGCUUGUCGCUGGGGGCAAUGUCGUGGAUGCCGGAGUAGGAGCAGCUUUGUGCCUGGCGGUCGUACAUCCUCAUGCAACAGGGCUAGGUGCCACGUUCUGGGGUCUUUUCUACAAUAGCUCCUCAGGAAACUCAACUGCCCUGACAGCAGGCCCAACCCAAAUCCUGGCCCCCGGCCUGGGGCUGCCCACAGCUCUGCCUGCCCUGCAUUUGCUUCAUGCCCACUUCGGCCACCUGCCCUGGCCACACCUGCUGGCCAAGCCUGCCAUGCUGGCUCAAAAGGGCUUUGAGGUAGAUGCACUCCUGGCAAGCGCACUAGCAGUCCAGGGCACAAAGGGGCUCUGUCCACUGUUCUGCCAUACCAAUGGAACUCCACUGGGUCUUGGGGCUCGAGCCUCCAACCCUAAGCUGGCAGCUGUAUUGCGUCGUGCAGCUCUGGCCUCCAGCCCAGAUCUUGCUGGGAAUGCCUUGCUGAACCUGCUGGUCAGAGACCUGGGGUUAGAGUUGCCCUCUGCUCAGCCUGGGCCUUCCUUAGAGCCUGCACUGCAGCUUCUUCUGCCUCAGGGUGUCCUGUUCACUACUCCUGGUCCCUCAGCAGGCCCAGAACUUCUGGAACAGCUGGAGUCUGCUCUUCACUCCAAGACACCCUUCUCUGCUUCCUGCUCAUCACGGCUGCAAACUGCCGAAACCCCGGUGAGCAGUGCCUUGGCCACCGUGGACAGCAAUGGCUCCAUGCUCCUUCUAACCUCCUCAAUCAACAGCUCCUUUGGUUCUGGACAUCUGUCCCCAAGUACUGGUGUUCUGCUCAGCAACCUGGAAGCCAGCUCUGCAUCUAGUGCCUGGGCCUGUCCACUCAUUCUCCGUAGCAACUCAGAUGACACAGAAGCUGAUAUGUUGGGGCUAGUGGCUUCAGGGAUCCCCAGAGGGGCCAAAACCAUGACUUGCACCUUGCUCAAUCAUCUGGCAACACCUCAAAUCCAGCAGCAUCCCCAACAUCAAGCCCAACAAAGACCCACAGAGAGCCCUGGCAUAUGUGACCAAGGGGCCCUACUGCAGGUGGUAGUCCAUGCAGAACACGCCCAUGUCUCCAGUGUCCCCAGUGGCUGCUGCCCCUUUCAAGGGUAUUAGCAGAGGGGCAGAGGUGUCUGGAACAGAGGUUCUGGACAGAGAAGGCCUAGCAGCAAUGAAUGUAUGAAGGGAAUGUAUCUGUGAUGUGUUUGCUGCUCCAUCAACCCUCCAUCCUGUUCUGUUACCUGGUUCUAGCUCUGGCAUCCAGGGCUGGUCCAGCCACGUUUCCUGUGCCCACACUGAUGGAAUUUCUGGCUUUUGUUAUCAAAUAAAGACCUAGAGGGUGAUGAAAA